GAAUAUAUAAUUAAUAAAAAUAUUGUAAUUAUACGAGAAGAAAACUAUAUUUUUACGAUUUUUUGUACGCGCAACAAGCAAGCAAUUUUGUGCUUAGCAAAUAUAUAAAAUACACUUCAGUUGUGAAACUGUACUGAACGUGUAGUGAUUGCUCUUUGUUAAGUUCAGCAUUAGGAGCACUUCAUCCAAACGCCAACAACACUAAUACCAACAACACAAACAACAAUAGCGAACAUGUCAUACGAAGCUGAGAAGACGCUUUCGUUAUUUUAUCCUUUCAUAAUUAUCACAUCGGCCAUUUGUUGCAUUACUUCAGGAGUUGCUUGGGCGCACUGGCGUUACGUGCUUAAUGCCUGUCCGGAAACCAAUUGCGGCUGCUAUUUGUUUGCACGCUCAACAUACUCCAGCUUUGAGGGUGGCCAUAUCGCCUAUUGUCAUUUUGCCACAUUUGGUCUGCUGUUGCCACUAAUAUUUGCUAUCAUCCUGGGUAUUUAUCACGUUUAUCGUGUUUGUAUGGGCACUGCAAAACGCAAAUCAGGGACCACAACAAUACGUCAAAGAUCUGGUGACAUGAUUGUUGUAACCACUGAAUCUGAGUUAACUGACAGUAGUAUAUCACCGUACUAUUGGACACCAGCUGCUAUAAUUUCCUGCGUAAUGGCAUUGUACACAUUAAUUUAUGCCUCAAUAUUUACCGAUGGGUUUGAAGUCACUUGCAAACAGUACCGAGAAGGACUGCUCAAGGAGAUACAAGGUGUUGGCAAUAUUGUGCCAGUCAUAAAAGGACGUUUAUCUUGCGCAGCCAUAUUUGAUUUUAUGGACUAUCUUGUGGAGAGCAUGUCCUAUGAACGUCGCAAAUAUGGACGCAUCAAUAGUGCCAUUUGUUUUCAUUUAACAUUGAUUUGUGCCUGGUUAGCUUGUCUAUCCUGGAUUGUAAUUACAGUAGUGAAUAUCGUACAGACAAGGCGUACGCGUGCCGCAAGGGUUUGAAACAAAUGGAAAAUAUUUAAAAUUGGUUAUUCCUGCUUGCUUUGCCAUGUACACUUAGCAUAUAGUAAAAAGUAUAUACGUAUGUAUACAUAUAUUUUAACUAAAAGUUUUAUAAAUGCUCGUACAUACUGUAUUUUAAAUAUAUAAAUUUAAUUAAUUUUUUGCAUGAACAUUAGUUUUUAGAAUUUGACUUCAUUCCACGUACAAAUUUAUUAUAUACGUUUUUUUUUAUUUAUGUAUGUAUAAGAUAUAUGCUUGCAUAUCUUUUGAUGUAAUUACAACGAAAUAUUAUGUAUAAGAUAAUAUAUAUAUAUAUAAAAUUAUUUUUUUUCAAAAUAUAUUUUUUUAAUAUAAUAAUAAUAAUAAAUGUAUCUUUUAAGUUUGUAAAUUCUGUUAAAUUUAUUGUAUUAGAAAUAUUUUGUCAAACUGUGCGCAUCCUUACAUUCUGUUUCCUUUUGCUCAAUUAAAUAUGAAAAGCAUUGACGGUGCUUUUUGUCAGCAGUUAUAAGGACACCAGUACUGAGGCACUUUGAGAUACGAAAGAAAAAACUCUUAUACCGCAAUCCCACACAUUCACCCAAAUUCCAAGGCAACAUAUUUAAGAGCAGCCACCGACUGAGCCAAGCGUUACAUUCUUAAAAGUCAUAAAUCAUUGCCGUUUAAUUAAACUGAACUCAGCAUGACAUUUGUGUAAACUUUUCAAUUCCCAACCACCUUGACUUUAAUGUUCUACGUUAUGGUGUGCCUUUGCAGGCUCCACUGGAGUAGGUCUACUAUCGCUUCUUUUUUUUUAUGUGACACAUUACAACAACCCACUAAUCCUUAAUAUUUUAUUUUUUUCUUGCAAUUUCAUACGACAUUUAAUAAUGGUUACACGCGUGGAUAUAAGUCACUCUCUCAACUAGAUAGAAGGUCACAGUAUUACAGAUAUGACCCAAUGUGACAAUAAAUUUCAAUUUUUAUUUAUUAAAGACUUUGGUGCCCGCAAUUUUGAACCAAUGACGUUAAUUAAUAGAACUGUGA